AUGCUGAUAAGGCUUAUUCCAGAUACAUUUUUUGGAGCAUUUUUUGAAGAGAUUAAUCAUGCGGGAGCUGGAGGAUUAUGGGAAGAACUUAUGAAUAAUCGAGGUUUUGAAGCAGAAGGUUCCAUUAAUGGGACCUCAAAUAUUUAUCCGUGGACAAUUAUCGGAGAAAAUCAAUCAUCCAUUAUUGUAUCAACGGAACGUUCUUCUUGUUUUGAGCGUAAUAAAAUUGCAUUACCUAUGGAUGUUCUUUGUCAUAGAAAAUCUUGUCCACGUGGUGGUGUUGGUAUUUCCAAUCCUGGUUUUUGGGGAAUGAAUAUCGAGGAAGGGAAGAAAUAUAAAGUAGUAUUCUAUGUUAGAUCACUUGGUCGAAUUAAUUUACAAAUUUCAUUUGUUGGAUCUGAUAAUGGUGUCAAAUUAGCUUCAACCAAAAUAAGAGCUUCUGGAGUUAAUGCUACAAAGUGGAGUAAGAUGGAAAUAAUUCUUGAAGCCAAAAGCACUAAUCACAAUUCGAACCUACAAAUAACAACAAAAAAAAAAGGAGUAUUAUGGUUAGAUCAAAUCUCAGCCAUGCCUUUAGAUACAUAUAAGGGUCAUGGUUUUCGAAAUGACCUUUUUCAAAUGGUGGCAGAUUUAAAGCCAAAAACUUUUAGAUUCCCAGGUGGUUGUUAUGUUGAAGGAGAUUACCUUAAAUAUGCAUUUAGGUGGAAAGAUACAGUUGGAGCAUGGGAAGAGAGACCUGGCCACUAUAAUGAUAUAUGGAAGUAUUGGACCGAUGAUGGAUUUGGUUAUUUUGAAGGGUUUCAAUUAUCAGAUGAUCUUGGUGCAUAUCCAAUAUGGGUGUUUAAUAAUGGUAUUAGUCAUCAUGAUGAAAUUAAUACGUCUGCAAUUUCACCAUUUGUACAAGAAGCUCUAGAUGGUAUUGAGUUUGCUAGAGGUUCUCCAGAAUCAAAAUGGGGUUCUCUUAGAGCUUCCAUGGGACAUCCAAAGUCAUUUGAUUUGAGAUAUGUUGGAGUUGGGAAUGAAGAUUGUGGUAAACAUAACUAUCAAGGAAAUUAUCUCGAGUUCUAUAAAGCUAUAAAAGAUAGAUAUCCUGAUAUUCAAAUUAUCUCAAAUUGUGAUGGUUCUCAAUAUCCAUUAAAUCAUCCUGCAGACCUUUAUGAUUUUCAUAUUUAUACAAAUUCUAAGGACAUGUUUUCCCAGUAUACCAAAUUCGAUAAAGCACCACGAUCCGGUCCAAAGGCAUAUGUUAGUGAGUAUGCUGUUUGGAAGGAAGAUGCAGGCAAUGGAAGCCUUUAUGCAGCUGUGGCUGAAGCUGCAUUUCUUAUUGGACUUGAAAAAAAUAGCGAUGUCGUCAGCAUGGUUGCUUAUGCACCACUCUUUGUAAACACAAAUGACAAAUAGUAAUUUUCUAAAGAUGGGAAAAAUUAUCUAAAAGUCAAGGUAGUAAACUUUGGAAGCUCAAUUGAAAAUUUAGAGAUUUUAAUAAAUAAUUUAAAAUCAAAUGUGCAACGAUCUGGUUCAUCAAAAAUGAUGCUUACAUCUUUAAAUAAAAUGGAUGAAAAUUCUUUCUCCGAACCAACAAAGACACAAGAGACAGUGGUUCCGCAGUCCAACCGAGCGUCACCGGUGGGCAUCCCAGUUCAUGAGAAUGUUAAUGUUGCUGCUCUCGCCAAUGACUAUGAUGUGGGCGAUGAGUUAAGGGGUAUUAGAAUCAACGGACAUCCUCUUGCUGCAGAGACUGCCAAUGCCAGAGCUACCCGAGCUCCAGUUCUUCAUCCUACUCCGAUUGUUGAUAGACAAGAGGACAUGUUCACUUUGCUGAGUGAAGAUCAUGAGGUUGUUGGAAGAGUUGAGGAUAGGGACCGUAAGGUUGAUGCCCUUGCCGAAAAGAUAAGAGCCAUGGAAUGUCAGAAUUCCUUGGGUUUCGAUGUGACCAAUAUGGGUCUAGUGGAAGGGACAACUUAUCUGGAGCUUUGUUGGAUUGGUACAUGGAGCUGA